AUGGGGAUCAUGGAUAUCACGGAUACCGCGGCACUUCUUUUACCCUUGUUUAUUUCUCGUCUACGGCAUAAAACUACGACAUUACGCACACACACGCCUGGGGUCACCACGGUACAUCGAAAGCGAUUCGGACUGGAAGAUCGGGGGGUCUGA